UAUCAUGUGAUUCAAGAGACUGGUUCGUAAGAGCGGAGCAUGCCUAAUUCUGUUGUUAUUAAACUCCACUAAGCAUUUAACUAAUGUAGUAGUUUCCGGGUUCCGCGAACACGUCUGUGGGUACGGAUCGCGCUGUUUCGCUUUGCUGAAAUGUAAGAUCAAUAAGUAAACGGGGAUCAGUUAAAUAAGACGAUCGUGACGGCCAGAUGGACGCGUUUUGCUUUCUAUUUGAGAUCUGCAUUUCCGUUUUGGAGCUGCCGGUCAGAGUGCCCUGCAUCACCCUAUAAUAAAGCGUCGGUAAUUGCGCUUGUGCAUUGCUGAUUAUUACCGAGCUGCCAGUGAUGAUACAGGUGCCAGCUCAUAAGAGAAACUAUGCCGGUGCGUAACGGAUACAACCUUGUGGAUGACAUAGGGGACUCGCAAAUACCUAUUCAAAAUGAAGAGGCUUUCCAGCAUGGCAUUCACUUUCAAGCCAAGCGGAGAAAGCGCGCAGCUGCCUGUUUAAUUUGUCUGAGGUUUGAGGCUGGAUACGCAUUUUGGACACGGGUGUGCCGCAUGUAUUACGUGGGCAGCCUGAACAUGCCGAGGCCCAGCAGCCGCGUGGAGAUCCUGGCGGCCAUGCGGAGGAUCAGGAAUGAAUUCAAAGCAAAGUGCAUUAAAAAGAAGAAGGUGAACAUUGUCAUAUCUGUGGAUGGAGUGAAGGUAGUUCUUUGGAAGAAACAGAAGAGGAAGGAGUGGACUUGGGACGAGGCCAAAAUGCUGGUGAUGCAUGACCCAAUAUACAGGUAAGUCUAUG